CCCGCAGCCCAUCCAACACACCACCCGGUGCUCUCCUUUCUGCGACGCCAUCCCAGACGAGCAGAGAUGAAGUACAUAGAAUCUCCUGAACUCGCCCGCCUCUCCCGCCUCCUUACCCACGAGGGGCCGGAGUGUUCGGUCCACACCCGUAUCGAGGCAUACAGCUGCAAGAACAUCAAACGCGACAAGAAGCUCUUCAAAGCGCUCGAACAUGCAUACACAGACGAGCUCUCCCACCCACCGCCCCAGACAUUCGACCCACCCACCUUCUUCUCCGGCUCGUACACCUCCCCCCACUCACCGCCUCUCAGCAGCAGUGGCCCGUCCCAGUCCCCACCCAGCUCGGCUCCGCUGCUCGACCCAGCGCUCGCGCAAACACCUUUCGGGCCCAUGGACAAUCCCGCAUCGCGCAAGACCCUCUAUCUCCUCAUCGCGACUCUCAACGUCGCCUUCCCCGACCAUGAGUUCUCCGACGUCCGUCCGGACCAGUUCACCAAGGAGCGCAAUGGCGCGACCGUUCUACACGCCCUUAGCACCACCCUCGUCUCGCCCCAGCGUGUCGGCACACGUGGUGUACAGUCCUUCGCCCGCAGCUAUUCCUCUUAUCCCCCGAGCUCGCCGGAGGUCUUCCCCACCUCCUCCGCCUCGCCGUCCAUCUCGCCCUCGCACAGCCGUAUGUUCCAUCCGUCCUCGCCGCUCAACUCCGACUCCCUCGCAAGCGGGACGAAUCCCCAGCUCUACCGCCUUUUGGACAGCGUCAUCGGCCUGCAGGAUUGUCAGAUCUUUUCCUUCUCGCCCUCUCUUGAUGCCGAUCCGCAUGCGAACGACUGGGAGGAUGACGAGGACGACGUGGCAAGUGACUCAAGCCCCGAGGAUGAUGACGACGAGGCCAUGUUUGAGUUUGAUGACUAUGACGUAGAUGAGAGCACGCGAUCAAGACCGUAUGCGCCCAAGCGCAAGACAAGCGCGGGGAGCAGUGAGACGAGUCGGAGUUGGGGUGGCUCGCCCGAGAGACGCAGUCGUGGAAGAAACAACCUUACGCCGCCGUCGCCGAUGGACUCGUCGCCGAUGGGGAAGUACCCCCGGGUGCACCUUCGCCGGAGACCUGGCGCGUUGCUCUGGUCGAGCCACUGGUUCUUCUUCAACGCCAAGCUCAAGCGGAUUGUGUUCGUUUCGAGUUGGGCGCGCGCCAAGGCAUGGGGCUAUGGUGGUGAAGACGAAGAGUUUGACGAGGAAUACGCCGCCGUUGAGAGAGAGCGAUUCCUGGGUUGGGAAGGGGCCGCAGGCGCAGGCGCAAGAGCGUUGGGCCUGAGUGCAACUGUUUAAGCCGCUUGUGGCCUAUCUGCUAUUUUCCCUAUGCACGCGCUUCAUCAGCUCGCGCACCGCUCUCGUCCAACACGAGGACCACCCACCUGACGAUUUUUCCUGGACUUGAUCCAAUAUAUCUCGUUCCUGAUUUAUGAAUUAUGUUCUGUUCCGCUGACUGGCCUAGUGUAUAUCUCCGUUUACUGUUACCUUAUCGGAUGCUGGAUCCUUUAUUUCCUUUUCGCUCUUCGUAUGCACCGCCCUUCCUUUCGGGUCGCUUGUCGCUCUCCCUUUCUCCUGGGAUGACGUGGUAGUUGUACGUGGCGAACAUGUAAUAUAUUGACCUAUAAGUUAGCUCUUGGUAACGCUGUUACUGUCUGUUAGUCGAAUAUCGAUGCUGG